AUGUUGGACGUGGAUGCACUCAAACCUAUUCCAGGAAUCCCUUUUCCUCAGUUAUAUGAGUUCUUUAUGGAUUGGAAAACACCUGUAGGGAUCGCUGCCGUGUACACUAUUUGUGUUUAUUUGUUCAACCCUUCUCGUGCUGCUGCAAAGUUAUCUCGAGUUGAGGCAAAGAACCGUGGUGUUAGCAAUGCUUCCAAAUCAAGCAAAGCCAUGACAGCUUUUGUCUUUCUACACAAUCUCUUCCUCUCUAUUUAUUCUGGGAUCACUUUUGUAUGUAUGGCGAAAAGUAUGCAUAAGCUAUUUAAUCGAGGAAGCUCAUUACAUGAUGCUUACUGCGAUAUAGAUGGCUUCUUAUGGAAUGAUUCCCUUGGUUUCUGGGGCUACCUCUUUUAUCUCUCUAAAUUCUACGAAGUGAUUGAUACUAUGAUUAUUAUCAUGAAGGGUCGUCGUUCUUCUCUUUUACAAACUUAUCACCAUUCAGGUGCUAUGAUUACUAUGUGGUCCGGCAUCCGUUAUCAAGCACAACCUAUUUGGAUCUUUGUUGUGUUCAAUUCUUUCAUACACUCCAUCAUGUACAUGUAUUACGCCUUGACCUCUGUCGGUUUCCAUCCUCCCGGCAAACGCUAUUUGACAUCUUUACAAAUCUCUCAAUUCCUGGUCGGUAUGUCGACAGCUAUCAGCUACGUUAUUGUGCCCAACUGCCUCAAGACGCCUGGUCAACAAUUCGCUGUGGCUGUGAAUGUCGGUUACUUACUGCCCUUGACCUAUUUAUUUGUGGAUUUCGCUCGCACAACCUAUGGUAAACGUAAGGCGGCGGCGGCGGCGGCUGCUUCUGAACUCGCCAAGAAGACUGAAUAA